CAAGAUUCCCAAAAAGUGUCCUCAAAUAGACUGGAACCAAUGAAAUUUCGAUCUCCGUUGCCAACAGUUCGACAAUUUCGCCUAAUUACCAACACAAUAUCAGAUAUAACCAGCGUUUUCCAACAAACAACUUCAAAAUAUUAGAAAUAGUUACAACUUGAUACCACGUCACUCAUUUAAAAUGAACCCAUCGAAGAGUCAGCCGAUUAAAUCGGCUCGUUUCUCCUCAACAACAGCUGUCGUCCCCUCACCCCUCUCAACUGCAGUGGUAAUGCUGCUCUCACUUCAGAUGAUGUUUAUUCUUCAGGGGGGAAGUGACGCCAGUCCCUACAAUCUUGCCAAUUACAGAAAUUCGGGCAAAAGGUCAUCUCUACCCUCAAAUCAGCUGUCCACUCUCUCAUUUCCUAUCACGGAAGAUAUACCGGAGUGGUACGAUUUGAUGGAUCUUCCCUCCAUAUCUGAUGGGGAGUUUGAGAACACACAUCUCUUCGAAUCAUCGCAGCCACAACAGUCUUCUAACUCAGGACUGGUUUACUUUCCUCCAACACUUCUGGAAAACAACAAAAGAGAACGACUUCAAGGGUUGAGCAAAAUUUUGGAGUCAUUUGAACAUCAAAUGACUCGUAGCUCAUCGAAAUCCAGUGGGCCGUCCAACAAGAGAAGUGGCGUCAGCUGCAUGUGGAAAUCCUCGUGCAGUAAUUUCGACACACCCUUGGGACCUCUGAACCAAUAAGAGAAUUGCGGAGAGAAAUAAAGCCAGUUCAGUCGCAAUAAAAAACGAAAACUACCAAAAAGACCAACAAGAGGACAAAUUAUCAAAACAUAUUUCUUAAAGAUGGUAAAAAGAUACGAAAAUCAGACAAACGCAAAAUUGUCGACAAUGCGAAAGAAACCCUUUGUUUGAUUAACGUUGCCAAGCUUGAUUAUUUUCUUCGAGAGAAGGCUUAAAAAGUGUCAGACAAAUGUAACUCUGAUUUGAUGCUGCAUUUGAAAAAUAAUUUUUAAUCUAUGU